AACGCGAAUGACCGGAUGUCCCUCAGCGGCCGCCGUACAGCGUACGUUUGUUUUGAAGAGCCGCUGCGGGUCAGUUAGCGGCGGAAUUAGCGGCUGAAUUAGCGGCGGAAUGGCUGAAUAUUCAAACGUAAAAUCCACCAAACUCGUCUUAAAGGGACUGAAGGACAAAAGCAAAAAGAAGAAGCACAAGGACAAGAAGAGAAAGCGAGAUGACAAAGAGGAGAAGCCCGAUGUUGUUGGCGGCUGGUGGACCGUUCACAAUUUUGGUGAAAUCAGUGGUACGGUGGCCAUAGAGAUGCACAACAACUCCUACAUUCACGCUCUGGACACGGGGCUGUUCACUGUCGGAGCGCCACAUAAAGAUGAUGAAGGACCUGACCCACCUGAACAGCUCACAGCGAUCAAACUCUCAGACUCCAGAAUAGCGCUGAAGUCAGGAUACGGGAAGUACUUGGGGAUAAACUCGGAUGCCGUUGUGAUCGGGCGGUCCGACGCCAUCGGGUCCAGAGAGCAGUGGGAGCCCGUGUUCCAAGACGGUAAAAUGGCUCUGUUGGCAGCAAACAGCUGUUUCAUCUCAUACAGCGAAAGCGGAGACAUUGUGGCCAAGAGUAAGACGGCUGGAGACGAGGAGAUGAUCAAGAUCCGCUCGUGUGCUGAGAGGGAGGUGAAAAGGACUGAUGACCUGGCAGACGAGGACCGAGGCAACAUCAAGAGCUGCGAGGUCAACUACGUGAAGAAGUUCCAGAGUUUCCAGGACAGGAAGCUGAGGGUGAACGAGGAGGACAGCGGCACUCUGAAAAAAGCCAGAAAAGACGGAAAAUUCCACGAGGCUUUACUGGACAGGAGAUCCAAGAUGAAAGCUGACAGAUACUGCAAGUGACAUGGAAAAACUUUUCUUUUAUGCUUUUUUUUUUAUUAUUAUUUUUCUCCCAGUACAGAUUCUGCAAAGGUGGUGUCAACUUUGUUUUAUAUUAAAUGUCAUACUUCACAAGA